AUGUGUCCUUCAUUUCUUAGAGUUUCGAUUGUUCCAAUGAAAGAUUUGCAAGUUCACAGAAAUGAAGAUGGCAGUCUGAAAUUUUCAGGAAUACAAGGAAGGUUUCUCGGUACAGUUAUGGAAGAUAUGAAGAUGCCUUUUCAUUUAGUUAUAGCAGAAGAUCGAGAAUGGGGUCGUCGUUUGCCCAGCGGUAACUGGACAGGCAUGAUAGGCAAGAUACAGAAAGGUGCUGCCGAUAUAGCUGAUAGUUAUAUAGGCAUAACAGAACAACGAGCUGCUGUGGUAGAUUUUAGCACAGUUUAUCAUACUGACGAUAUGACAUUUGCCAUUAAGAAGCCUGGUCCAGUGCCGACAUCUUUGGCAUUUGUGCGACCAUUUGAUUUAACGACUUGGAUCUUAAUUUUAACUAUUUUGUUGAUCAUGCCAUUAAUAUUCCAAUGUUUAUUUUGCAACAAGGAGUCAUACAUCUUCUUGUUUCUGAGACUUCUGGGAACCAUAUUUCGCCAAUCCACUCUUCCAAAUUAUUACAUUAAGAGAUUCAAGUCACUUGCUUUUUCAUGGUGGUUUUCUGCAACAAUCCUAUCUUUCAGCUACUCAACAGUGCUGCUGUCUAUGUUAUCUAUACCGUCAGAAGAAAUCGCAGUUCAGAAUUUCAAAGAACUUGCUGAAGCAGUGAAAAAUAAUGGAUAUAGAAUUUAUCUUUCUAAAGGAACAGCUAUACUUGAUUUCAUGCUUCAUAGUCAUAAAGAGGAUUUAAGAUAUUUAGGUGAAAGCAUUGUUCAGAAUAAUUGGUAUACAACUGCGCGUCCUUUAACCCUAACUGAUCAGAUUGAUUAUCAUUCAGCUUUAAUUGAUCCUAGAACAAGAUUGCUGAUGGUUGCCGGUUCAGAAGAGUGGAAACCCAGUUUUUUAUCAGACGAUUCUGUAACUUCAUAUAAAUUUGCUGUUGCCAUGAAAAAGAAUUUCUGUUAUAAAGAUAAAUUAAAUACUAUCAUAUCGGGCAUAAACAGCGCAGGAUUAUAUAUGCAAUUUACAAAGGAAGAGCACUUUAAAUCGUGGUUGUCUGCAUCUGAAAGAAGAAGAGAUGCUACCAAGAAAGUAAAGCCUCUGUCCCUCGAAGAUUUGUCAGGUGUCUUCUGUACUCUUUUAGUUGGAUUAAAUCUCAGUUUAUUUACUUUUAUAUGUGAGCUUAUAUUCCUCCGAAUCAGAAAGAAAUGUCAUUAA